AUGCGCCCGCUGUGGCUGUUGCUGCUACUGUCGCUUCUUGCCCGAGCUGUGCACACGGUGGGCAACCUGCCCCGACUGUGUGACGUGCUGUGGGUGCUGCAGGAGGAGCGAGACCAGUGUCUGCAGGAGCUCUCCAAAGAGCAGCCGGGAGCCCUGGAUGAGGAGCCACUGGUGCCAGGCUGCCAGGGGCUGUGGGACAACGUGAGCUGCUGGCCGUCCUCUGCCCCGGGGAGGACAGUAGAGGUGGCCUGCCCCAGAUUCCUGCAGAUGCUCUCCAGCAGAAACGGUUCCCUGUUCCGAAACUGCACCCCGGAUGGCUGGUCGGACACCUUCCCCAGGCCGGACCUGGCCUGUGGGGUAAGCGUGAAUGACUCUUCCAAUGAGAGACGGCACGCCUACCUGCUGAAGUUGAAGGUCAUGUACACCGUGGGCUACAGCUCCUCCCUGGUGAUGCUCCUGAUCGCCCUGGCUAUCCUCUGUGCUUUCCGGAGGCUGCACUGCACCCGUAACUACAUUCACAUGCACCUGUUCGUGUCCUUCAUCCUGCGUGCCCUGUCUAACUUCAUCAAGGAUGCUGUGCUCUUCUCCUCCGAUGAUGUCAUGUACUGCGAUGCCCACAGGGUAGGCUGUAAGCUCGUCAUGAUCUUCUUCCAGUACUGCAUCAUGGCCAAUUAUGCCUGGCUGCUAGUGGAAGGCCUCUAUCUCCACACUCUCCUCGUCGUCUCCUUCUCAGAAAGAAAGUGCCUCCAAGGAUUUGUGGUCCUGGGAUGGGGUUCUCCAGCUGUUUUUGUGGCUUCGUGGGCUGUUGCCAGGCAUUUUCUGGAAGAUGCUGGGUGCUGGGACAUCAACACCAAUGCAUCCAUCUGGUGGGUCAUUCGAGGACCUGUGAUCCUCUCCAUCCUGGUGAAUUUCAUCCUCUUUAUAAACAUUCUGAGAAUCCUGCUGAGAAAACUCAGAACCCAGGAGACAAGAGGAAAUGAAGUGAAUCAUUACAAGCGUCUGGCCAGGUCCACCCUCCUGCUGAUCCCGCUCUUCGGCAUCCACUACGUGGUCUUCGCCUUCUCCCCUGAGGAUGCGAUGGAGGUCCAGCUGUUCUUUGAACUAGCCCUUGGCUCCUUCCAGGGGCUGGUGGUCGCCGUACUCUAUUGUUUCCUCAAUGGAGAGGUGCAGCUAGAAGUUCAGAAGAAGUGGCGGCAGUGGCACCUCUAGGAGCUGGCGCUGCGCCCGGUGGCUCUCAGCUCUUCCUACAGCAAUGGCACAGGUGGCUUCAUCCCUGGCAUCAAGGCCUGCCCUGCAGAGCACAGCCAGGACACCCACAAAGCCAACAGGGCUUUCAUGUGA